AUGACUCUGAACUUGGCCUCAAUGGCUAUCAAAUCUUCAGGGUUGACAGAAAUUAUCUUAACAGUAACUACUCACGAGGAGGUGGUGUUCUCAUUGCAACCAAGUCCUAUAUUAAAACAUCUCUUACCUGUACAAAUCUCAAUACGCUCGAGUGCAGUUUACUUACCACCUAUGUCCGCGCUCCCAGAUUUUGAGGCCCAUACCAGCUCUAUCGAACACUUAAUAUCAUCUACCAACCCUACAUCUAUUCUUCUCUGUGGUGACUAUAAUCUACCUCUUAUUAAAUGGUCAAAAAGCAACCAAGGUCUUUUUGCAUCUGGUACCAUCUCUAACAUUUCUACUCAUCUUGUCGAUUCUUUCUCGUACUAUAAUUUUUACCAGCUCAAUCAAGUGCCUAAUGCCCGUGGAUGCCUUCUUGACCUUGUCUUUUCUAGUUUUGACACACCUACUGUCCAACUUGCCAACACUCCAAUCGUUUCUCCGGAUUCUUACCACCCACCUUUGUUUAUAUCUUUUCCACUUCCAACUCUGAUAACUGCUCAAGACAGUCAUAAAUACCGUGAUUAUAAAUUGGCUGAUUAUAAAUCGAUGCUCCUUUAUCUAGGAUCGUUUGAUUGGGAAAAUACUUUUUCGCUUUAUUCAGUUGAUGAUUCUGCUGUUGUCUUUAACGAUGCACUUCUGAGCUCUAUAAAUAAGUUUGUUCCCAUCAAAGUUUUUUCACCUUCUAAAUUUCCUAAAUGGACAUCCACCAUUCUCAAAAAUCUUAUAAUAACCAAGAAAAAAGCCCAUGCAGUUUAUAAGCGAUCCAAGUCGUUAUCUGAUUAUCUUGUUUUCUCUGAAUAUAGAGCAAAAUGUAAACGCCAGUCAAAAGUUGAUUACUCGGCUCAUAUUAGGCAUACCGAGGAGGCUCUAUCAUCUUCCCCCUCCAAAUUCUGGAAAUUUACGUUCAACUCCUCGGCUUUCCAACUUCCACCAUUUACUGGCUCAUCUGAUUACUUAUCCUAUGAACUUCCUUCCGAUAUAAUGUUUACUGUCGAAGAUGUUUUUUCCGCUCUUAAAUCGUUAAAAAAUACUUACUCUAAUGGUCCAGAUGGCAUAUCCACUCAAUGCUUGCGUUCAUUAGAUUUAGGUAUUUUUCCUAAGGUUUGGAAAAUAUUCUCUAUAGCACCUGUUCUGAAAUCUGGUGACGCUUCUGAUAUCCAAAACUACAGACCAAUUUCUAUAAUACCACAUAUUGGUAAAUUAUUUGAAUCGAUUGUAUACUCCAAAAUAAAGCGUAGUCUUAAUCAUCUUAUUAUAAGUGAGCAGCAUGGUUUUAGAUCACAUAAAUCAACCGUAACAAGUGGUGUUGCCUUCUCUUCUUAUUUAUCAGAAGUUAUCGAACACAGAGGUCAGGUAGAUGUAAUCUUUACAGACUUUAAUAAAGCAUUUGACACUGUGGACCACAAUUGCCUCAUAAUGGUGCUUAAGUCUUUAGGCAUUGGGAAUCCCCUACUAUCUUGGUUGCACUCUUACAUCACAGGUAGAAAACAAUUCAUAAAAUUCAAAAAUGCAAUUUCAGAGUUAGCUGUGAUACCAUCUGGAGUCCCUCAAGGAGGCCACCUUAGUCCUCUUUUAUUUAUUCUGUUUGUAAACUCGAUAACCAAAUGGAUCACUAAGGCUAAACUCCUUCUUUUUGCUGAUGACAUAAAAAUAUUCCUUAAAAUAGACAAUCUUAAUCAAUAUCAUAUCCUACAGUCAGAACUAGAUAUUUUUGCAAGUUGGGCGUACUCCAUUGGUCUUUGCCUUAAUAUAAACAAAUGUCAUGUUAUGUCGUUUUCUAGGCAGCGAUCUCCUAUCUACCACAACUAUUCUCUUAAUGGCACUUCUCUUAAUCGUGUCUUCCUCUAUAAAGAUCUUGGUAUUCAUUACUCACCAUCAUUAAAUUUUGAGCACCAUAUAAAUGUCACUGUAGGUUAUUGUAAACGUAUUAAGGAAGUAAGGAAUAUUACAUUAUUGAGGAACAAAAUCGUCAAGUUCAAUCAAAAACAAUGCUAUGCAUUCAUAGCUGAAGAUGCCAAAAAACUGAAAGAAUUAUCUAAUAUACCGGAAGUAGCAGAGUGUGUGCAACCCAUACACUCACCUACAAAUUCUAAAAGCUUCAGAGCAUCGGAACUCACGGAUGAGGUGAAACAUGGUGAUCAUUAG